GCCUCCCCCCCCCCCCUCUCUCUCUCUGGAGCUAUUGUCGAUGGCGAAACCCUCGAGAUCGAAGGAUUCAACAGAGGAAUCUCUGUCGAGUGGGUCGAAUUCGUCGGAGGAGGAGCAAAUUGAGGCUCAAAUCAACGAGGAGGAAGAUGAGGAAGAGCUCGAGGCUGUCGCCAGAACGGCUGAUUCGGACGACGAUGCCGACGGUAAGUCGCCGUCAGACAACGCCGUCGCCGGUGAUGACCAGGAGGAAGAAGGAGAAGAAACUGAAGAGGACGAGAAUGCUGUGAGUAAUAAUGAAAUUGGCAAGCGUGAAAAGGCCAGACUAAAAGAAAUGCAGAAGUUAAAGAAACAAAAGGUUCAAGAAAUACUAGAUGCUCAAAAUGCUGCCAUUGAUGCUGAUAUGAACAAUAAGGGAAAGGGGCGCUUAAAGUAUCUUUUGGAGCAAACAGAGAUAUUUGCUCAUUUUGCAAAGGGCCAGUCUGCCUCUCAGAAGAAAUCAAAAGGAAGGGGUCGUCAUGCAUCAAAGUUAACUGAAGAGGAAGAAGAUGAAGAAUACCUCAAGGAGGAAGAAGAUGGUCUUUCUGGGACAGGAAGCACGCGGCUGCUAGUACAGCCUUCUUGUAUUAAUGGAAAGAUGAGGGACUACCAACUUGCUGGGCUAAAUUGGCUUAUUCGGCUCUAUGAGAAUGGCAUAAAUGGGAUCCUCGCAGAUGAGAUGGGGCUGGGUAAAACAUUGCAAACCAUCUCCUUGUUGGGCUAUCUGCAUGAAUUCAGGGGAAUAGCUGGUCCUCACAUGGUUGUUGCUCCAAAGUCUACGCUUGGUAACUGGAUGAAUGAAAUUCGACGUUUUUGUCCAAUUUUGCGUGCUGUGAAGUUUCUAGGAAAUCCUGAUGAAAGGAAGUAUAUACGCGAUGAGCUACUGGUUGCUGGGAAGUUUGAUGUCUGUGUCACUAGUUUUGAAAUGGCCAUUAAAGAGAAAACUAGCUUACGCCGCUUUAGCUGGCGCUAUAUUAUCAUUGAUGAAGCUCACCGGAUUAAGAAUGAGAAUUCACUUCUUUCAAAAACAAUGAGGAUUUACAGUACUAACUACCGCCUACUUAUAACAGGAACACCACUUCAGAACAAUCUUCAUGAACUCUGGUCUCUUCUGAACUUUCUAUUGCCGGAGAUAUUUAGCUCAGCUGAAACAUUUGAUGAAUGGUUUCAAAUUUCUGGUGAAAAUGACCAGCAGGAAGUUGUUCAACAACUUCACAAGGUCCUCCGACCAUUCCUUUUACGAAGGUUGAAGUCAGAUGUUGAGAAAGGUUUGCCUCCCAAGAAGGAAACGAUACUCAAAGUUGGUAUGUCCCAAAUGCAGAAGCAGUAUUACAAGGCUUUACUGCAGAAAGAUCUUGAGGUUGUAAAUGCUGGUGGAGAACGCAAACGUCUUCUGAAUAUAGCAAUGCAGCUGCGUAAAUGUUGUAAUCACCCAUAUCUAUUCCAAGGUGCUGAACCGGGCCCACCUUACACUACAGGAGACCAUCUUAUUACAAAUGCAGGUAAAAUGGUUCUUUUGGAUAAGUUGCUACCGAAGCUAAAAGAACGUGAUUCAAGGGUCUUGAUAUUUUCACAGAUGACUAGGCUGCUGGACAUUUUGGAAGACUAUUUAAUGUUUCGUGGAUACCUGUACUGUCGUAUUGAUGGGAAUACUGGUGGAGAAGAUCGUGAUGCUUCCAUUGAAGCCUUCAAUAAGCCAGGGAGUGAGAAAUUUGUCUUCUUACUAUCAACUAGAGCUGGAGGCCUGGGUAUCAAUCUUGCCACCGCAGAUGUUGUCGUUCUUUAUGACAGUGACUGGAACCCACAAGUUGAUCUGCAGGCUCAGGACCGUGCCCAUAGGAUUGGGCAAAAGAAAGAAGUUCAAGUGUUCCGUUUCUGUACCGAGUACACAAUUGAGGAAAAAGUGAUUGAGAGGGCUUACAAAAAGCUUGCACUUGAUGCUUUGGUGAUCCAACAAGGACGAUUAGCAGAGCAAAAAACUGUUAAUAAAGAUGAGCUACUGCAAAUGGUAAGGUUUGGUGCUGAAAUGGUUUUUAGCUCCAAGGACAGCACAAUUACAGAUGAGGACAUAGAUAGGAUCAUUGCUAAAGGAGAAGAGGCAACAGCUGAGCUUGAUGCAAAGAUGAAGAAAUUUACAGAAGAUGCCAUCAAAUUUAAAAUGGAUGAUACUGCUGAUUUAUAUGAUUUUGAUGAUGAAAAGGAGGAUAACAAGUUAGAUUUCAAGAAAAUCGUUAGUGAUAAUUGGAUGGAACCACCAAGAAGAGAGAGGAAGCGCAAUUACUCAGAAUCUGAAUACUUUAAGCAAACGAUGCGCCAAAGUGGUCCGACAAGACCUAAAGAGCCUCGAAUCCCUCGCAUGCCACAGUUGCACGACUUCCAGUUUUUUAAUACACAGAGGCUAAGCGAGCUGUAUGAGAAAGAAGUACGCUAUCUCAUGCAAGCACACCAAAAGAAUCAGAUAAAAGACACGAUAGAUGUUGAUGAGCCUGAAGAGGUGGGAGACCCCUUGACUGCUGAAGAACAGGAAGAAAAGGAGCAGCUGUUGGAAGAGGGAUUUUCAACAUGGAGUAGAAGGGAUUUCAAUACCUUCAUCAGGGCUUGUGAGAAGUAUGGUCGGAAUGAUAUAAAAAGUAUUGCUUCUGAAAUGGAAGGGAAAACGGAUGAAGAAGUUGAAAGAUAUGCGAAGGUUUUUAAAGAAAGAUACAAAGAAUUAAAUGAUUACGAUAGGAUCAUCAAGAACAUUGAAAGAGGGGAGGCUAGAAUUUCUCGGAAAGAUGAGAUCAUGAAAGCAAUCGGGAAGAAAUUGGAUCGCUACAAGAAUCCAUGGCUGGAAUUGAAGAUACAGUAUGGUCAGAACAAAGGGAAGUUGUACAAUGAAGAAUGUGAUAGAUUCAUGAUAUGCAUGGUUCACAAGCUUGGGUAUGGGAACUGGGAUGAGUUGAAAGCUGCAUUCCGCACAUCAACUUUGUUUCGUUUUGAUUGGUUUGUGAAGUCUCGCACAACUCAAGAACUCGCAAGGAGAUGUGAUACCCUCAUUCGUUUGGUGGAGAGGGAAAACCAGGAAUUUGAUGAAAGGGAGAGACAGGCCCGUAAAGAGAAGAAGCUUGCCAAGAACAAUACACCAUCAAAGCGUGCCCUGGCAAGGCAGGCAGCUGAGAGCCCCCCUCCAACUCAAAAGAAGCGGAAGCAAUUAUUAAUGGAUGACUACGUGAGCUCGGGAAAGAGGAAAAAAUGAUGUCAAUUUACGGUACCUUCGUUUACUGUUGUGCUCUAGUCUCCUUUGUAGAGUAAUGUUGCUCUGUUUUUUAUAUCUGGAAUUUUCAACAAUUUGGCCGAUUUCUAUCGAAACCUAGCAGAAGCCAUUUAACACAUUGCCAUCUAAGUGCAAAAUUUUUAGACGAAUAUGGUAGUAAUGAAAGUUGUAUAAAUUAGAAUGUAGGCUGUUUUGUAGACCUUAAUCGUUUGGGCAACGUGAUGAAUGCCAGUAAAAUUAGUUAAUGAAUGUUGGAUUGGCUUCUUUA